AUGUCCAGCACCAACGCAAAUAUCGUCAUCGACAUCAUACUCGACCGGCAUAACACUCGCGAUGUUCUGCGUGCACUCUUGCACGCCAUUCUAUUCCAUCGCUUGUUUGGCACUGUCAAGCCCAAGACGUUCGAAGUACUGGAUGUCACACUUCCGGGUGUGGCGGAUGCAGGGAUUGAGCAACUUGUGGAGGACAAGGUUGAUGCGUUCUGGAGAGGAAUGGAGAGCGGUGCUGCGAACAAGAAGGGGAAGAUAACUGUGACUCUGUCCGAGAAACAAACGAAGAAGAACUGGAUCGGUUACCCCUAUGAGGAAGACGUGCCAUGGGAAUCAUGGGUGAUUAACGCGGAGAUCCGACAACCGAAGACGGAGUCCGAGCGAAUGAAGUUUGAACAGGAGCUUGCAUCAACUCUCACGAAGAGCGUAACGACGAUGCUCACGCAUACCGCAUCAGAGCAGGGUCGGGCGGCCGUACCACCGAUCAUGAGUUCUGAGCUCUCGCCCUUUCCGCUCAAUAUUGCCGUAUAUGUUGGAGGCGUGGAGAUGGCAUGA